ACCCGCAACACACUCUCAACUGUCCUGCUGAAUCAAAGACAUGAAGAUCACCAUUCUAGUACUGGCACUUUUUGCCACCCUCGUCUCAACCAACGUGGUCAAACCCCACUCCGACGAGUUCAUCAAGAUCAUCAACGAAAAACAGUCCACUUGGGUCGCCGGAAGAAACUUCCCCGAAGACACUCCAAUCGAGCAACUGAGACGCCUCAAUGGAGCCCGUAAAGGCCACCGCAACAGCAAAGUCAAAAUCCACGACGUGGUGGCUGCCGACAUCCCGGAAUCCUUCGACGCCAGAGACGAGUGGCCAGAGUGCCCCUCAAUCAACAAAGUCAGAAACCAAGGUCAAUGUGGCUCUUGUUGGGCCUUCGGAGCUGUCGAAGCCAUGACCGACCGUCUUUGCAUUGCCACCAACGGCGCCGUCGAGUUCGAGUUCGCACCAGAAGAUCUGGUGUCUUGUUGCUACGACUGUGGUGAUGGGUGCGACGGUGGCUGGCCUUCCGAGGCCUGGAGCUACUGGGUCCAAAAUGGUAUUGUUUCUGGAGGAGACUACAACUCCAAUGAGGGUUGUCAACCUUAUCCUUCUGAAGCGUACAACAACGGCCAGACCCCACGCUGUGAAUCCCAAUGUACGAAUUCACAGUACAAUGUAGCGUAUAAUCAAGACAAACACUAUGGUGUCAAGAGCUACGGAAUUAGUCGCAACGUGCAGCAAAUCCAAGCCGAAAUUAUGACCAAUGGGCCAGUGGAGGCCAGCUAUGACGUCUACGACGACUUCUUUGACUACCAAUCAGGUGUCUAUCAACACACCUAUGGUGAGUACGCCGGUGGACACGCAGUCAAAGUCGUUGGCUGGGGUACCGAAAAUGGUACUCCUUAUUGGCUGAUUGCCAACUCGUGGGGCGCCGACUGGGGCCAACUGGGAGGAUUUUUCAAGAUCCUCAGAGGCGAAAACCACUGCUCCAUCGAAGACGAUAUCAACUUUGGAGACCCAGAAGUCUAAAUUUGCUGAUAUAAAUGAAAUAGUUCGUCAGUUAAUAAAAAAAUUUGUAUUUUUGUAAAAAAAAAA